UCGCGCCCCGGCCCCGCCUUCUCCCCACCGCGCGGCGGCGGCGGCGGCGGCGGCGCAGGGCGGCCGCGCGGGUGUUGGCAGCAGCGGCGGCGGCAGCCCGCGCCGCCCCCUGGCCUCGGCUGCCCAGGGCGAGCCGGAGCGCGGCCGGCCUCUCGCGGCGCGGCGGCCGGGAGCCCCGGGAAAGUUAGCAGCCCGAGCGCCGAGAUGCCGGGGAGCGACACGGCCCUCACUGUGGACCGGACCUACUCCGACCCGGGCCGGCACCACCGCUUCAAGAGCCGGGUGGGACGGCAUGACAUGAACACCCUCAGCCUGCCCCUGAGCAUCCGCCGCGGGGGCUCAGACACCAACCUCAACUUCGAUGUCCCAGAUGGCAUCCUGGACUUCCACAAGGUCAGACUCAGCGCGGACAGCCUGAGGCAGAAAAUCCUGAAGGUCACCGAGCAGAUAAAAAUCGAGCAGACGUCCCGGGAGGGGGACGUGGCCGAGUACCUGAAGCUGGUCAGCAGCGCCGACAAGCAGCAGGCGGGCCGCAUCAAGCAGGUGUUCGAGAAGAAGAACCAGAAGUCGGCGCACGCCAUCGCCCAGCUGCAGAAGAAGCUGGAGCAGUACCGCCGAAAGCUCCGCGAGCUCGAGCAGAACGGUGCCCCCCGCAGCGCCAAGGACCUGGCCAAGGAGCCCCCGAAGGACGCCCAGGCCGCUCUGAAGGAGGCGCCGACCAAGGCCCGCGCCGGCCCGGCCGGCCUGGAGGCGGCCAGGUCGGGCCUGCCGGGGGUGUCGCUCACCCCUCCCGUGUUCGUCUUCAGCAAGUCCAGAGAGUUCGCCAACCUGAUCCGCAAUAAGUUCGGCAGCGCGGACAACAUCGCGCACCUCAAAACCUCCUUGGAGGAGUUCCGGCCCGAGGCCAGCGCCCGGGCCUACGGGGGCAGCGCCACCAUCGUGACCAAGGCCAAGUACGGCAGCGAUGACGAGUGCUCGAGCGGCACGUCGGGCUCGGCCGACAGCAACGGGAACCAGUCGUUCGGGGCCGGGGGUGGCCCGGGCAAGCUCGCAGCCAUCCUGGAGGAGCUGCGCGAGAUCAAGGACACCCAGGCGCAGCUGGCCGAGGACAUCGAGGCGCUGAAAGUGCAGUUCAAGCAGGAGUACGGCUUCAUCUCCCAGACCCUGCAGGAGGAGAGAUACAGGUAUGAGCGGCUGGAAGAUCAGCUCCACGACCUCACAGACCUGCAUCAGCACGAGACGGCCAACCUGAAGCAGGAGCUGGCCAGCAUCGAGGAGAAGGUGGCCUACCAGGCCCACGAGCGGUCGCGGGACAUCCAGGAAGCCCUGGAGUCCUGCCAGACUCGCAUCGCGAAGCUCGAGCUCCACCAGCAGGAGCAGCAGGCGCUGCAGACGGACUCGGUGAACGCCAAGGUCCUGCUGGGGAAGUGCAUCAACGUGGUGCUGGCCCUCAUGGCCGUCCUCUUGGUGUGCGUGUCCACCAUGGCCAAGUUCAUCGCGCCCAUGAUGAAGAGCCGCUUGCACAUUCUCGGCACCUUCUUCGCCGUGACUCUCCUUGCGAUAUUUUGUAAAAACUGGGACCACAUUCUGUGCGCCAUCGAAAGGGUAAUAAUACCCAGAUGAAGCCGCCGCCUUCCGUCCUCAGUCCUUUGAGUUGUUAUUUCAAAGAAAACUGUGCAGACGACCACAUCCUAAAACGAACGGCUGUGCCGACGCAGGAGUACGAGGACCAGGGCUGUAGCACGGUAGCGCGGUCCAGCUCGGGCCCUCGUCCUUGGCUCGUGAGAAUCUCUUUCCAGACGGUCCCCGCCUUGCGCACUGCCUUAGUCAGGCCAGGUCUCCAGCCCACCUGCCUACCCAGCUUGGCCAACCUCUGGUUGGUGAGUGCUUGGCCUAAUUAGUGACCCAGCAGAAAAGGGACGUAAGACGCUCACUCCCUCUCUCUUGGGUCUCUGUCAAAAUCACCCUUUCCUGAGUUGCGUUUUCCGCGGGUCCCGUAAGCAGCAGGGGUGACGGGAGGGGGCGAAGCACAGGUGUUGCCCCUGUGAACACGUGUGGUCCAUGGGGUUACAGUAAGCCCUGUGUCAUCCAUCCCACCGUCCACUGAUGACCAUAGGUCCCACGUGUGCCCAGUGUCCACAGUGGCCAACUGUGUGUGACUCUCCGUCCCAUGGAAGUCUUGUAACACCCCUGUCUGUCCAGCCGAUGUCCAGCUUCCGUGUCCGGUUGCGCUGUAAAUGGUAACACGUGAGCACUGAUGAACAGGCUUUGGCUUCCUGUGUCCAGGGAGCUGCACACUGGGUUUCACCCGGCUGUCAAAUGCACCAUCUUCCGGGCACGCAGACACGCUUCCCAAUCCCUCUUCAAACUGUGGCUCUCACUUCUAAUUGCGGUCCGACCCGCACCACCCCGGGCUUUGUGUUCAGCACACCUUCGUCGCUCUAGGCCCCUCUGAGGACCUGGUUCCCUUCCUGUGAUCGGCCGUAUUCACCGUCCUCGAGGGAUGGCAACGCUUGCUCAGUAAAUGAGAACCAAGGAUGCUGCUGUCGCAGGGUUUUUCCUCUUCAAGCAGGACAACAGGAUCCGAGUUUCUAAAGCUCAAGUGCCCUGAGGAAGGCACCCCGAAAGGGGGAGGGAAAUGCGACGUGUGAUCUGAGCGGGUGGCAGCCGGAUCAGCGGGCGCGGCUCACCAGGACGAAGCUGGAGAGGCUCCUCCUCGGACCCCGAGAGACCAGCGAGAAGAGGGUCCGUUAGAUCUGGGGUCUGAGCCAAGGGUGCCAUCUGUCUCCUAGGAUCUUGCUGACCAUACGUCCUAAGGUCAUGAGUGGCGUGGCCACACUCCCACCGAGGGGAAGGCCUUCAGAAAUCAACGUCUUUGGCCCCUUUGGGGGCGCCCUUCACUCUCUUGAGCCCAGAUAAUGUUUUCCGUUAAAUCUCUCUGUGUAGAUAACACAAAGGAAGACCGAGACGAUUUUCGUGGACACCCUGGAUCGGCCUCUCUUCCCACCAGCUGUCCUCUCAGCUGAGGCGUAAAGAUCCAUGUCCGUGUACAUUUUCCUCCAGGAAACAUCGGAGCGUCGGGAUUUCAAUUAAGUGCAAUAUUUGGCAAACAGCUGCUCUGAGGGAAAUCUCCUGAAAAAAAUGUGACGUGUGCCGUGAUUUGAGGGAACAGCGGGGUAGUGGAGUGUGUGGUUCAAGUCCAGUGUGGGUCAGACUCAUACAACUCAAGCUUGCUUGCUUUUCUUUGCUUUUUUUAAAGUUUACAAAUCAGUGGUUUUAGUCAGCGUACACUUAUGUAACAGUCUCUACCAUCUCAUUCCAGACUUGAGCUUUUUAAAACAAUAAACAUCAUUUCAUGAAAGUUUUGGAUUCAGGGAAGAGGGAGUCCCAGUCUCACCCCAUCUCGUGGCGGGGGCCCCUUUCACUGCCAGACUCUCGUCUGGUCCCCCAAGUCGGCUGGAAAUGCACUGUGGUCCGUCCAACCCAGGGGCUGGAACCAGGUUGCAGAUGCCGGGAAGGAAGGGGCAAGAGUGCUGUGCGGGUCUGUUUCCAUGGCCAGCGUUCCCUGUUCGCCGUGGGCCUCCGUCUCCGUGUGCGCCGAGGGCUGGAUGUAACUUAGGGCGGUGAAUCGAGCUGGGGCCUGGCCUAUUCAUGUCUCUGCAUCUUUCUGAGGCACUUUGGACAAAGCAGGGAGUGGGGUGGACGCAGAUGCUGCUGGUAGCUUAGAGGGAAGAAGGGAGACCCCUCGCCCUCGAGGUCAGGGCUCUGGGAGGUUCCAAGAAGAUGUGGGCCAUCGUCCCACGGCCCCACCCUCCCUCCGCCACCCACCCUGGCACAUGUGUCCGGAUGCUUCCCGACUUGUCAUCCGUGUGUUCCUCUCCCUGGUGAGAGAAGCGGGGGAGAAAACAGCAGCCCGGUCCCCCCCCCCCCAACAGCCGGGAGCCCCUACCAGGAGCUGCUCAGAGCUGGCUCUCUUCUGAAACGCUGGAGUGUCCACCUGCUCACCAAGUUUUUUAAAGAAUUCAAUUUCCGGUGAUUCUCAUUCGAUUUGAAAAACCUUUUUUUCGCUUGGAUAUGUUCAGGCUACACAGUGUAUUUAUUUUAGAGUCUUGUGGAAAGUUCAUGAAGCUUUUCAAUAAAUGAUACACUCCAAGGAGACUUUGUCGGUAGUUUAUUAGUCUCAGUAAACUCUCCCGCUGAUGCUUUUUUUUCACUGCCAAGGAUACUAAAUGUUGUAAAUAUACAACAGAAAGAGUGAUCUAGCUAUGGCAAAUCCUGGCAUUGGAUACCCAUGUACAUUUAAGUUGAGUCUUCCCCCCACUGUUCACUGGCAGGCAGGCGGCGUGCCGUGUAUGCCCGGAGAGGAAAGCUGGUCGUGGGCUGAUGGGUAAACACCUGCUCCCUCAGCGAACUUACACCGCGUGAUCGGAGAUGCUGGACGUUGGGUCCUAGCACUAGGGUUUUUGGUGGUGCAUUAUUUUCAUGAUCACCAGGAUAACGAUGGUUUGCUCAGGGCAAAACCAAAACCUAAAACUACUCUUUUGUGGGUUUCAUUUGAAUUGGCUAUUCCAGCUUGUAUUUUGAGUAUGAUUAAGUCAGAGCAAAACACCGCCCCCCCCCCCAACUCACCCCACCAUCAAUAAAAGUUUAAAGCCACAAUGAAGCAAUAACUAAAAAUAUUCCAUUGCCAAUUCUGGACGGUGAAAGUAGGGUGAGUCCCACGUUUCUUGCGUGUACAGUUAGUUGCGUUGCUUAUACAGUUGCUGUGAUCUGAAGAUAAACUGAAAUUUUCUGAAACUCCUCCCCUUUCCAUUCCUGGCCGUGAUGCUGUUACCCUUCCCCGUCAGUGAGCAUCCUGGUGAUGUUGGCCCUUCUCCUGCUUUGUCGCUCUUUUUUUCAUUUAAAUAUUUCCCCAUCAUGCUUCUUGCCUUUGUCUUUUUUUUCUGGUGGAGCAGGUUUAAUUAUGGGCUCAAUAGUAGGGAACUAGCUUCCCUUGGGCUUCCCUUGGGCAACUAAUUACUUAGGUCUUUGGAGUUUAAAUACCAAAUUAUUUUGCAUCAAAUGGGAACACUUUUUCCAAAUAUAGUGUAUGCACUUGGAAAAAACAUUUAAAUAUGCUUGUUAAUAGGAACAUAUAUGAUUAAACAACCUAUUUUGCAUAUUUCUAUAACCGCAAGGAACCAGGAGUGGGAUGAAAUGGCAUUCCUUUAAAUUCAGGACUUUAUCUGGAGAAAGGUGUUUUAAGAAGUUCAGCACAUGUGCUAAGGAAAGAGUUGGUCUAAAAGAUAAGCCACUGAAGAGAAUGAAAUUGACCUAUUCAUAGUAAAAGUAAAGGAGUUUUUUUUUUUUUUUUAAGGAUACAUGUAACAAGAGGGAAAACCAGAGGAUUUAAAGCAGAACGAAUCUAUAAUUUUCUAAAGUGAAUACAAUUCUCUGUUUAUAAGAAGCUGGAAAGUCAUGUACCUUGAUUGCAGUAGGAAUGAUUUAUGUGUUGCAACUUUAAUUUAUUUAAAGCGUUUUGACUCUAUUUGUCCUCAAAUGUUUCAACAAAAGUGUGCUCUCUGUUUAAGGUAUGUUUAGGCAGUAGUGAGCGGCUCUAAGCGUAGAAACUGGAAAUGUUUAUUAUGAGGUCUGUUGGAAAUUUCUGUUUUGUGGGAUAUCCUAUAGUUUCUUGUCAGCCUAAAAUUGUCAGUUCUCUGUAGCUCUUCACCCCAUUCAAAGCAGGUGCCAUUAUUUUUUAAAAGAAACACUUCAUGUUGCUUCGAUGUUAAAUAAAGAGCUAGAUUUCUUAAAUUUU